GCGAUUUCCAGGUAUGAUGCAUUAAAUUAAACUGCUAUGACGACUUCUUCGGCCGCGAUCACAAUAGCUGCUUCUGCGGCAGACGAGGCGGCAGAGGAGUUGAACAAAUCCUACUACACUCAUCUGGACUCGAAGAGACACCAGCUGCACAAGUUUUAUGUCCCGGGAUCUACUCUGGCAUGGUGCGGCAACGAAAUUACGGGUGACGUUAAUAUCAGUAAAUUUCUUCAAGACUUACCCGAAACAGUACAUGAAGUGAAGAGUUUGCAGGCACAGCCUAUUGAGGCCCAAUACAGUCAGGGCAAGACUGUCAUUCUCAUCAGCGUGGAUGGUCGAGUUUUCAUCGAAUAUAAAAAAGGUCGAAGAAUGCACAUGUUUUCACACUCUAUUUUGUUGGCAGAGUAUGACGGAAAGUGGAAAAUUGCCAGAGAAAAUUACAGACUCAACGAGUCAGCAUACACCGAGACGAUUUCAUCGUUGGGUCAGAAAUAACUGCUGACCUUUUUUUCGACGAAGUUCGUAGAAUUAGCAGCUGUUUGGAGUAACAUAUAUUGUCUACUGCGCCAGAAGAAGUUGCGUAUUGGGAAUUAGUUGUUGUUGUGCAAGAACUUUUUUUUAUGUCAGUUUGAUAUGUUAGUUAUUGAUUUCAUCAGUGUAUUGUCCUGUAACAGUUUUUUCCUUAAACGUAUAAUUGAGUGACGUUUCUAGUCUUAUAACAA